AUGAGUGACCAAUGGUUCUCGGCGCUGAAGCGGGCAGACAAUACCUACGUGAUGGCUCACCUUGAGGAGUACUUUCUGGCAGUGGAUGAGGGUACCAAUUCUAGUUUAACUAUUGCAGUGCUAUAUGCGAAUAAAGAAGCCAUAGCGGCAAUCUGCAAUCUUUAUGCCAACACUCUUCGGACCGCCUGUGACGAGAAGAAGCGAACUGCCAUACUGACUUCACUUACUCAAGGCAUGAAAGCAUGUCUGCGGAACGAUGAGGCUGAUAUCUUUGCCCUGCUGUGUCCACAUUUGCUAUCUGCCCAGAUAGUAUCGAAAGUCGACAUGAUGGAAAGAGCCAUUGAAGCCAGUGCAUAUUCCAUAGUGGAACUUCUUCUGCGGGAUGAGGAGCUUGGUUCUGAACACGUUGAGAAGGUACUUCAGUCGGUGCAUUCACCCACCUCAGCUCAGUACAAUCGUAUAGUAGAGAUGCUUGCACACCGGAAGCAGUCUGCAAGAGCCAUUCAGCCGGAGUCCUUAGCAGAUCAAUCCGAACAAGUACAAACAGGAUCUGCUUCUGCUUUGGACAAAAAGACCGGUGAAUCCAUUGCUACGGCAACUUCUGGUAUGGGUACGCAUACGCUAACGGAGGAGUGGAUGGCGCGGGCUACCAAAUCGAUGCUACAGGAGGCCGUUAAAGCACUUCAAGCAGAGCUCUUGAAAGAGCAAUCUCAAUCUAGAAAAUAUCAGGACAUUAUUUCUAGUAUACUGAGUAACGAGAAACAGAGCUAUGAAACUAUGGACACAAAGCUCCGCAGCCUUACUGAACAGCUGAAGACCCAGGAAAAACAACUGUGUGAAAAGGAAGAAGAAAUAGCACGGCUCACAACAGAAUUGACCGCAGCUACUCAAGCAUCCGGCCAGAUGGUACAUCCUAUAUCCUUAACACUAACUUCAAACGCUGUGGAGACUCCAAAUAUGUCUGAGGAGGCGCAGAUUAAGGAUAAUCUUGCUGCUUCUGCCGACGCUGAAUCAAUUUGCAAGCAGAUGCUUUCAGAGUAUUCAAUACUAAAGUCUAAUUUGCUGACAUUGGGCCUAGAGUCUUCCAUAAUCUCGCAAAACUUUGCUAAGGUCUCCGUACUGACGGAGAUUGCUAGUACAGAAAUACAAACAUUAAGAAGAUCAUGUCUUGAUGCCAUAGCGGAAGCAGAAGCGAUACGCGAUAGGCUUUCAGUCGUUCAGAAUGAGCGGGACGCCCUGAACACGGAGUUGCAGCAGCUCAAACAAAGUAUUACUUUACUACGACAAACAGCUGCAGAGAGCGAUACUAAGCAGACUGACCCUACACAUCCUCAGGAUGUUCAAGAACCUUCCAUUGAAUGUUGCACCUCAGACUUAAUCCCUUUAGCAGCUCACAAUGAUGUAGAAACAAGAAUGAUCGAUACAAUGACCAUAUACAGCUAUUUAGAAGAAGAGGAAGGCAAAAAGGCUGCAGCAGACGAUGAUGCCUGUAGCCUGACCAAACUGAUAGAACAGUUAGCUGACCACGGCGUGCAGGUGGAGUGUGUUGGUCCUGGUGUGCAUUUACGAGUGGUGGACCCCACACGCCUGAGCAUUCUCUUGCAAGAAGCCCUUCAACAACCAGGCGCUUCCGUUCUAUACCCUUCUGAGUUCAGUGUGGCCAACUUUCAUCAACUCGAGCGUCAAGCUGAGCCAUCAAAUGCUCGCACUGAAGAGAUCCAAGCAUUGCAACCACAACCACAACCACAAUCACAAUCACAACCAGGAGCAGAACUUGAAGGUUCACUUGCUGAGGCCCAGACACUAAUAGCUCGGCUAACAGAAGAACUACUAGAAAAGGAUAAGGCCAUUGCUGAGCUAAAUCAAUGCCUUGCACAAAUUCCUCUAGCCGAUUGCGAUGUUAUCAGUGACCAUCGGAAAGAGGGGGUUGGCAAUAUGGAGAGAGUGGCAUGCAUUUUAUAUCAGCGAGCUCUUUGUGAACGCGAUAAAGUUCUUAGGGAUAUCGAGGAAAGCAAGGAGUCGGCUGACAACCCGUAUAUUGUUAGCUUUGUGACACAGCGAAAACUGAAUUCUAUUAUUCCAUGUGAAGAGACCUUGCUUCGCGAGUUAUUUUCUAAAGCGUGUCUGCGGCAUGACAUUCUACAUGAAGACGCCGAUGGAAUCUGGCUCGAGGUUCUCGAAGUGACCAUUCAGGCCAGAAAUUAUCACUUGUCUGAGUAUUUGCGAUCAAAGUUGGUGCGAGUAUCCAAUGUACUCCAUGACCAAUGCAACCGUGGAGCCACACUUCAUGGAUUUGUACCCAUGAACAAUCUAGCCGCUGUAUAUUUACUCGCUCCCCGGCUCUCCAACAUUCGCGACCAGAAUGGACGCACCGCACUCAUGGUGGCUGCCGAACUAGACCAACUAGAUAUUGUUCGAGUAUUGCUACCUUAUGAAGCAGGGGCACAGACGUCCAAAGGGCACACAGCUUUGAUGAUGGCAGCGCAGCUAGGGUAUUUGCGUAUUGUUCAGGAACUUUCACCCUUGGAAGCGCAUAUUUUAGAUCAGCGUGGUCGCUCGGCCAUUUACUAUGCAACUGAUGGCUCUGUCUACAAAGAUGUCAAUCUUUCCGAACGAAUUAUUGAGGUUAUACAAGGACAUGUCCACUCAAACAACUUGUAA